AUGAAGUGGCUACACGAGAACCAAGAGGACGGAUACACUACUGCCGCCAUGGGCAAUGCGGCCGCGUUCGGCAACAUGACCGUCGUGCAGUGGCUUCACAACAACCAGGAGGGAGGCUAUACAACCAAUGCCAUGGACCAUGCAGCUCGUUAG